GUUGGCAGAGUGCUCUUCCAAUUGCAAAAGUUCGCACUGCGGCUUUCUGCACAGUGUACGCAUGGAAUAAUGCUGUACCGGAGCUUCUCCGACAGUCGUCCCCAGUCAUUGUCAUUUACACACAGAGCAAGAUGUCGCAUGCGGCAUCUUCUGGAGACCCUAGCUUAAUCUACAGCGCACAACGGCAAUGUUGAUGUUUUGGGGGCUUACAGCGAUGGAUGUAAGCAUAGCCCCAACGGGCGUCCAUAAUCCCUCAAGAACCUCGCUAGUCAUCAUCAGCAGCAGCCUCGGGUCUUCAUCGCAACUUCAUCACAGUAUACCCCAUAUUUAUAGUUAGCUUCACUUUCCAGGCUCGCAGCGCCCGUAAGGAUGAGACUCAUUGAUGCCGCUCGACUUGAGCUCUGUAGCUUUAUGGAUGAAUCUCGGAUACCACGAUAUGCCAUCCUAUCCCACACCUGGGGCCCGGAUGAAAUCACGCUGCAACAGUUCACAGACCUGUCAUUGAGGGAUGACCGCCAUCUGAAAAAAAGUCACGGAUACUGGAAGAUAAAAAAAAAGCAUGUCAACAAGCCCUCGAGCACGGGUACGAAUACAUAUGGGUGGAUACUUGCUGCACUAUACAGACUCACCACCGAAGACAACGCCCUACGAAAAGGGUGGCAUAUGCCGCGGAAAAUGGCGGCAGAACGUACAUAGCUUUUCAAUACACACC